AUGUUUAGACUGAUGUCAAGAAUAACACGAUCUUGUCAAUCGUACCCUCGACAUCCACAUUUGCGACUUUUUCAUAGUCCGACAAGAUUGAAGUUUAACCAAAUUGUUGAUAAUUUUUUACAAGAUUUAAAGCAAGACGAGCAGGAGAAUUCAGGUGGGGAUAAAAACAACGGUAAAAAGUCAGGAUCAGGAAAGGGAGCUAAUGAUCGAUUUGAAAAAUUCAAAACUUUUUUAUUGAAAUGUUUUGAAACAAUAGGUAUCACGUUAUCAUCGGUCGGUGUAUUAGGAUUAUCUGGGUUUUUAUACCAUCGUUAUUACAACAUUCAUGUAUUGAAGAAAAUGAACGAUGCAUUUGAAGUCGGUGACCCUUCAGCUCAAUUGAAAAUGCAUACACGAACUCAUGACGAUUCGUUGGAUAAUGAAAUCAAUGCUCAUUGGGUUGAUCGACCGCAACAGAAACUAUUAAACGAUAUUAUUGCUGGUGAUAUAAUUGGACGUUAUUUCUUAAUUAUUGGAGAAAAGGGAACUGGUAAGACGUCAUUAAUUUUAGAGUCCAUGAAACGAGUUAAUGGGUUUAAUGUUUGUAUAUUUGAUGCCCAUGCUGAUCCGGAAAUCUUUAGAAUACGAUUAGGUAAAGCAUUGAACUUUACUUUCAAUGAAGAUUACAUUGGGUCAUUGUUUUCUAUUAGAGGACCCAGAGACACUACUGCGUUGUUGGAUAUUGAGAGAGCUUUUAGUAAAUUGGAAGAAUUGGCUAUCAAAAGAGUUAAUAAAGUCCAUAAACCUUUGAUAAUGAUUAUAAAUAAUGCUCAUUUGAUUAAAGAAAAUGAAGAAGGUGUUAAAUUAUUAGAACUAUUACAACAAAAGGCAGAAUCAUUGAGUGGAUCAGGAUUGUUAACCAUGAUUUUCAACAGUGAUGAUUAUUGGGUUUAUGAGAAAUUGAAACAAUUGGGCACUCGACUUGAAUUAAUCAAUGUCAGAGAUUUUAAUCGUAUCGAAACUAUAAACGCCUUGAAGUUUGUCCGUCAUCGUUAUUUCCCCAAAUUAGAGAAAUUGGAUGACGGCUUAUGCAAUGCCGUGUAUGAUUUGAUUGGUGGGCGCCCACAACAUAUAACCCAAGUUGCAAGACACCGUGAUAUCAUAAAAGCAUGUCAUCAAAUAAUUGAUCGCGAAAAAACAUGGUUUUUGAAUCAGUGUGGAUUAUUAGGAAAUGAUAUGGAUGAUGAUGUCAUGGAAAGUGGGAAGUUUUCUAGUAGUGCCAUGUUAUUAAUGAGAGAAUUUGUUGAGAUGGACCGACAGAAAUCGAAUCCAUUAUUAAUUAACCUGUCAUCUUCAGAAGAAAUUAAUGUCUCUCAGUUAAAAAAUCAUCGAUUACCUGAACUCCCGCUUUGGAGAGCAAGACAAAUUAUGACUAGGCCGGAUUAUAUUCAAAGAUUUGAUAAUUUGAAUAUAUUCACCAUUGAUUCUGAAUCGCGAGUGCGGGCUGAUUCGGUACCAAUGAUGAGAGCAUUUCAUGAGAUUGCAUCGCAACCACAUUUUGAUCAAUUAUUAGAAGAUACUAUCGAUCGUGUAGCGGAUAUAGAAGCAUUGGGAAGAACUAGAGAAUUGGUUCUUAAAGAUUUACAAUUAGGUAGUCAUUAUGAAAUGUUGAAAAAGAAACACCCUGAAGGAGAAAAUUUCAAAUUUACUAUGAUUAAAUCACCCAAACAAAAUGAUUUACAUGGAGAUUUUGAUAAAUAUAACACUGAGGAAAUUAAUCAAGCUGGCGAGGAUGACGAGGAUGAAGAUGAUUUAUAUUUAGAAGAAAUUAAUCGCAAGGAUUCCCGAAAAUGGUGGAAGAAAAGAAUGCAAAAAUAUGAUCGUUUGUUUCUUCCUGAUGAUAACAAACAUUCUGAAGAAGGUGAUCUUGAUAUAAAUAGACCUCGAGAAGAUGAAUAG